GGAAGAUAGCUCGACUACCCAAUGCCUCAACCCGACCGUCUGGCGUCUCAGAUCCGGCUCCAGACUUACUGGGCUUGAUGUUUUUAACCUUUUACGCCGUCUUGUUUCUCUGUUUCCCUUCGAUGCCGUCGCCGUCGACCCGCGCAUGAUCGACAAACCGCCGUCCCAGGUCAUGCGAGACCAGAUCGCAGAAGCUUCGCGCAUUAUAUUUGUGCCCGUUUAUCUUGCAGAGAUGCAACAUUGGGUUCUCGUCGUCCUUCAGGCUCCCAACAAACUGGCCCUCCUCGACCCUCUCCCCACGGACGACAUGGAUGAGAUAUGCGAGCGGAUUGAGGUAAUGCAGCUGGGUUUGCUGUCUAAGUGUGGCAGCAAGUGGGAGUUGAACUCGCCUGAAGUCUAUAGAGUUGAAUGCGCUCCCCUGGAGAGCGGGGACGACUGUGCCGUUGCCCUUCUUGUCAAUGCCAUGCACAUGCUGACCAAAACUGAUCCCUUCUCAAACACCGACUAUCGUGUCUGGCGACGGGUGUUUGCUGUGUGGAUUCAAGACGACACAUGCGUCUUGGACGAUUCUCUGUGCGAGCCCCUGCGCAUCUCCCUCAACAGCCACCACCAUAUUGGGUUAGCCACUGCCAAGCUCGCAGAGUACAGAAAGUUGCAUGAAUCUACGGGCAAGGUGGCCAAAGUGCUUGGUAGUCUACGCCGGAUCUGGAGUCCUUUGGCGAGGCACGAACACAGUCACACACGCACGACCUGGGAACACGAGUUUCAACACCCCGCCAUUGGGUCGCAGUCGAUUCAUGGCGGACUCCUUAAUGAGCUGAUCCAGUCGCAGGCUGCCUUGGAACUUCUCGAGUCGCGUCGCUUUCGGAGCCUUGCAAUAGAAGCGGACCUGAAGAAGUGCAUCGCAGGGCUGGAACGUCAACACCGGGAGUGCAUGGCAAACCGAGGACACGUCGAGCGUAUUCUGGAGCAGCUGGAUGCAGACAUGGCCCGGUUGGAGCGAAAGAUGAAAGACUUGCAGGACUUUGUUCAAAGAUGGGAGUAGGGAUACAAUGGAGCGGAGGGGUGACACAUUUCCUUGUAUCUAGCUUUUGAUGUGUGGUUGAAUGCAUACACGCAUGUCCAGAACCUAU